UGCUGGUUGGUUCAUCCAUAAAUGAAAGGGAUCAAAUGCUGUUCAUCAGCACAGAUGAAGGUUCUUCCUUCCAGCGACAGUCCAUCUCCUUCACCCCAGACACGCUCAUAUUCCACCCUAAGGAAGAAGACAAGCUCCUGGCCUACUGCAAGGAGGGCAGGCUCUUUGCUUCUACAGACCUGGGCCGCAAGUGGACUUUGCUUCAGGAGCGGGUGACCAAGGACAAAGUUUUCUGGUCAGUAUCUGGUGUGGAUGUGGACCCUGAUCUGGUACACAUGGAAAUGCAAGAUACGAGUGGAGGUUACCUGUAUGUUACCUGUCUCAUCCAGAACUGUUCGGACAAAAUGGUGACGGCUCAGUUUCUUGGCAAAAUCGACCACAACUCGCUGCUAGUGCAGGACGACUACAUUUUUGUCAAGGUCACCACAGGGAAUCGCACCAAGCACUUUGUGUCCUAUCGGCGCAAUGAGUUUGUCCAGAUGAAGUUUCCCAAGUACGCCUUGCCAAAGGAUGUUCAGAUAGUGAGUACAGAUGAUAACCAGGUCUUCCUCGCGCUCCAGGAGUGGUACCAGUCAGACACAUAUAACCUGUACCAGUCCGACCCUCAGGGUGUCUACUACUCCAUCGUCCUGGAAAAUGUGCGCAGCACCAAGCAGCCAGAGGAGAAUGUCCUCAUCGACGUACUUGAGGUGCGUGGAAUCAGAGGAGUCUUCCUGGCCAAUCAGAAGAUCGAUGGCAAAGUGACAACUCUCAUCACAUAUAACAAAGGCCAAAACUGGGAACCCUUGGCCCCACCUACCACUGACAUGAAUGGCAAGCCAAUCAGCUGCAAAGCGCCGCACUGUCACCUCCAUCUCCACCUCCGCUGGGCAGACAACCCCUACGUGUCCGGGACUGUCCACACCAAAGACUCUGCUCCAGGUCUCAUCAUGGGUGCUGGUAAUCUUGGCUCCAAACUAGUAGAGUAUAAAGAAGAGAUGUACAUAACUUCAGACUGCGGGAAGACAUGGAGACAGGUUUUCGAGGAGGAGCAUCACAUCCUGUACCUGGACCACGGUGGGGUCAUUGUUGCCAUCAAGGACACCUCUAUUCCACUCAAGAUACUCAAAUUUAGUAUUGAUGAAGGACGGACUUGGACUGUUCACAACUUUACCAGCACCUCUGUGUUCGUCGAUGGACUCUUAAGUGAGCCAGGAGACGAGACCCUGGUUAUGACUGUGUUUGGCCACAUCAGCUACAGGUCAGACUGGGAGUUAGUCAAAGUGGACUUCAGGCAGUCUUUCCCCCGUCAGUGUACUGAGUCUGACUACGUGUCCUGGCAGCUCACAGACCUGCAGGGAGAGAAGUGCAUUAUGGGCCAGGAAAGGAGUUUCCGGAAAAGGAAGGACACAGCGUUCUGUAUCAAAGGAAAAAGCUACACAUCAGCUCUCACCACCAAACCCUGCCAAUGCACCGAGCAAGACUUCAACUGCUACAGGAAGGUGAUAUCUAACAUGUGUGAAGGGGGGCUAAACAAGCAGCAGAGCGCCACACAGCACAACUGCCCUCUGCUGCCUCCUAAAGGACUACAGGUCAGCAUCAAAGGGCAGAUGUUGGCCGUGGCACCUGGUGAUGACAUCACAUUCAUUGUCCACCAGGAACAGGGUGACACCAGCAGCACCAAGUACCAGGUGGACCUUGGCGAUGGGGUUCGGGCUAUCUACCAGAACCUAACGGUGACAGAUGAGCCUAUCCAGCAUCGCUACAAAAAUCCAGGCGUUUACAAGGUCACGGUGAAGGCUGAGAACAUGGCAGGGCACGACGAGGCUACCAUGUACAUCCAGGUGACAGCCCCUCUACAGGAAGUGCACCUGGAAGUGGCUCCCAUUACUGGAAGAAACCAUGAGGUCAAUCUGACUGCCAUAGUUCUUCCCACUGAGGCAAACCUGUCUGUCUUUUACUGGUGGAUAGGAGACAACCUGCAGCCUACGCUGACUCUGCAGAACAGCCUUCUGACCCGUUUCCCAGAGACAGGAGAGGUUUCAGUCACUGUCCAGGCUUCUAAUGGCCGAUCUAUGGUGCAGGAUACCAGGACAGUUCGAGUCUACGAUAACUUCCAGGUCAUCCGUCUGAGUUUCAGCACAAACCUGGACCGCUUCAACCCAAACAUCCCAGAGUGGAGAGAGGACAUUGGCCAAAUGGUCACUAAAAUACUUACUAAGACCACAGGUGUCCCUCUGGAGUCCCUUCUUACGGUGGUGAAGCCAGGCCUCCCCACUACUGCUGACUUGUACAUCCUCCCACUAUACACCAAUCCAGCCAAGAGGACCAUGUUUGUAGAUAAGCGUAUUCCAGCCAUCAUACAAGCCUUAAACAGCAACAAUGUCAGCUUCGUGGUGCGAGGAGGUCUACAAGUGCUGGUGAUGCUAGCUGACCCAAAUGCAGGCUUCUAUGGAGCUGCGAAAGGUCCGGGUGUUUGGGCUCUAGCAGUAAUUAUCCUAAUCAGCAUCUUCGUCACCGGCUCCUUCAUCCUCUACAAGUUCAAAAGUCCUUGGUUUAGGACUGAGGAUGCCUAUCCCCCACUGUUUUUCAGAAAGCUCCCAGGCAGCCGCAAUGUCUAUGCUCAGAUGCACAAUGAGAAGGAGCAGGAGAUGACCAGCCCCGUUAAUCACAGUGAGGACACCCAGCACAUCAUCCAGGGGGAGGAGUUCAUCGACGAUGACCUGGACUCGCAGACUCUAGGUAACGCAGGAGGUAGCCCCGCCUUCCGUUCCCUUGUAAGGACUACCACUAACCACUGCUACUAAAACCCAAGUCACUAACAUCUGCAGCUUACACACACCAAGGCAACCAUUCGGGCGUGGUCCUGAGCAUCAACUCAAGAGAACUACACAGUUACCUAACAAGCUGAUGGCUGCCACGGCAAUGCUAACGAGCUAGCCUAGCCUAGCUGGUUAACGAGCACAGGGACUCCACUCGGACUUCCUCCUUCUCUCCCCUCUCCUUUUUCUUCUCCUCUUCCUCGGAUACUUAACCUCCACACCUUGGCCUCCUCAACCCUUAACCUCCAGCUUUGGUGAUUUUCUUGUAUUUCUUUGGUUUUUUGGGGGGGGUAGGAUGAAGAUCUUGAUGGCAUCAUACCAAGGACAUCUGUGUUGUGAAAAAGAAAAUCAGUUUGUACUCAAAAUUAGCAUGACUGACUGCAAUGGUUUCCAGUCAUUUUCAGUCAGACGGUUGAAGAGGCCUUAUAGUAGCUAUGGCCUCUUGGUGACCAAAGACAGGUGCGCUAACAUGAUUCCCAAGCAUUAAGAUAAAGAAGUCUAAUUAAAGGCAAAACAUUGUUACUCCUCCCCCCUCGGUUUAUUUUCUCUUUGCUUCCCAUAAAUAGUAGACACUCUCGCUUCACAGGCAAUAAUGGAUCAUAGGAUAUGAUAGCCCUUGUGAAUUUGCAUAUGACUAGUGUAUGCAUGCAUACACAAGAGGGCGUAGUUGCACUUUCCUAAAUUCACACUCACAGGUACUUGGAGCGCUCAGCUUCUUUGGAAUAUUCUGUAUGUUCACAAAGCAUUGUUCAUUUUUCAAAAUCUUGUAACCUUGUUUAUAGCUCACACAUUUACAGAAGUUGUUGUGUGGUGUUUAAAAUAAGCACCACCUUUGUAGGAGCUCAUUGUCUGUCCCAUGGUGCCUACAACAGCAGACAAUAAUAUCUGCUUAGUGACAUUACACAUUGAUGGUUUUAUUUAUUUCUGAUAACAGUUAUGCCCCUUCCUCCCCACACUGUCUGGGUCAGAGGUCAAAGCGGACUUGUUCCCCUGGAGACAGAGCUCUGUCAUGGAGGGAAGGUGUAGUUUAUGUAUUUUACUGUAUCAGCCUAUAUUAGGCAUAGCCCACGGUGAAAUCAUGUCUCCUUAAAGGUUUGGUUUGUUGUAUGUAAAUGUGUAAAUAUAAACAAUCUCCACUUUGUACAUAUUCCCUUUGACGUGUGUGAGUGUUUUACACUUGUACCAAAAUACACAGCAACUAGUUUUGGAGCGACUCUUCACUUAGUUUUCAUUAGUUUGAAAGAUUCUCACUGUUUCCAGUUUCCUCAUUGCCAUUACCUGCUUCACAUGUAUCCAUUUUCGAUACUUCCAGUGUAAUCUCAUGAGCAAGAUCAUUUUAUGAUAUCCAUUGUUAACUGGGAUCAUUUUCUCGUCUUAUAAAGAUACUCACAACUACACAGUGACAACUACGUAUAUCAAUAUUUUUGAUACACAGUUUUUCUCUGUACGUGUAAACACUGGUUAUUGUUUUCUCUUGCCUUUGGCUGAAGUCUUUUUGUUUCUUUGUACUAAUGAUGUAAACAAUGCUGUCGACACAUACUAAACAGCAACUGAACAGGUCUACAGACUCUGAAUCAAAAGGUCUUUGGAUAAAAGGCCUUUACAGACUUCCAAUGCUACCAUUACCACCAAGGUCACAUUUGCCUUGUAUUUGAUAUAAACAGCAGCUCACAUUCACUCAUCCUGAUUCACACCUUGAUUCAUCGUUUGUAGAUAUUCUGCUCAUGUUUAACUUGUUCUUAGUUUUUCUAGUGAUGUGUCGUCAUGUAUCAGUGCCCCUAACCUUAACAAAGGGGAAAGUAGGACAUUUGAUAUUCCAAUAUAAUAAUGGAGUUUCACACCUGAUGGCACAACCAUGUAAUUUCGACCACACCAAUUUUCUUUUCUUAUUUUCCUCUUUCUGCAGGGUUUGUUUGAUUUUGCUUUUAAAAACAAAUGCGUGUCCUCAGCAGGACGCACACUGCACAUAAACCUGCAUCCUGGAAUAAAUCACUCCCACAACUUGUUAA